AUGGCAGAAAUUCAAGACGUCAAAGCUCGUGAAAUCCUUGACUCAAGAGGCAACCCAACAGUCGAAGUUGAUGUUACUACCUCUUUGGGAACCUUCAGAGCAGCUGUACCAAGCGGUGCUUCCACUGGAAUCUACGAAGCCCUCGAAAUGAGAGAUGGCGACAAGAACAGAUACCUUGGAAAAGGAGUCCUGAAUGCAGUCAGAAACGUUGACCAGAUCAUCAAGCCAGCCAUCAUCGGACGCUCAGUCCUUGACCAAGCUGCCCUUGACAAUUUCUUAGUCAGAGAGCUUGAUGGAACCUCAAACGAAUGGGGAUGGUGCAAGACCAGGCUAGGUGCAAAUGCAAUCUUAGCUGUUUCAUUGGCUGUUGCCAGAGCAGGAGCUGCCCACGCUGGCGUUCCUCUUUACCAAUACCUUGCCCGCCUUGCUGGAAACAACGAGCAAGAAUUCAUUCUUCCAGUUCCAGCUUUCAAUGUCAUCAAUGGUGGUUCCCACGCUGGUAACAAGCUUGCUAUGCAAGAGUUCAUGAUUCUCCCAACUGGCGCACAAACUUUCAGAGAAGCCAUGCAAAUCGGCGCUGAAGUCUACCACAACCUCAAAGCUGUCAUCAAAACCAAAUACGGCCUUGAUGCCACAAACGUUGGAGAUGAAGGUGGAUUUGCCCCUAACAUUCAAGACAACACUGAAGCCUUGACUCUUUUAAUGGAAGCCAUUCACAAAGCUGGACACGACGGAAAAGUCAAAAUCGGCAUGGACGUCGCAGCAUCAGAAUUCUACAAGAGUGACCAAAAUAAAUACGACUUGGACUUCAAGACUGCUAAUAAUGAUGGCAGCCAAAGACUUACAGGAGAAGAGCUGACCAAUGUCUAUAAGAAUUUCAUCAACAACUAUCCUUUGGUAUCAAUUGAAGAUCCAUUUGACCAAGACGACUGGCUCCAUUAUGCAGCCAUCACCCGUGAUGUUGGAGCUCACAUCCAAAUUGUUGGAGAUGACUUGUUGGUCACCAACCCAGUCAGAGUUGCUAAAGCAAUUGAGGAGAAAGCUUGCAAUGCUUUGUUGUUGAAGGUAAACCAAAUUGGGUCACUCACUGAAGCUAUUGAAGCUUGCAAGAUGGCACAAGGUGCAGGAUGGGGAGUCAUGGUCAGCCACAGAAGUGGAGAAACUGAAGACAACUUUAUUGCUGACUUAGUCGUUGGCCUUGGGACUGGAGAAAUCAAGACUGGCGCUCCUUGCAGAUCUGAAAGACUUUCUAAGUACAACCAAAUUUUAAGAAUUGAGGAACAACUUGGAGCAAGAGCAAGAUAUGCAGGAGUCCACUUCAGAAAUCCUCACGCCCCAGCUGAGACCCAUGCUCACCCUCAUCCAGAACAUGCUCACCCUCACCCAGAACAUGCUCAUCCUCACCCAGAGCCACAUGCACAUCCUCACCCAGAAGGUCACGAACACCCAGCUCAUUAA